CUCUGCGUUCAUAUGUAGUUUGUCCCUCCGUGACUUGUGAGAUCUAAUGGGGCUUACGACACUAUGUUUCGUUGACGGGAAACGGGUGGUCCUAGUACGGCCAGUAGCGCAGACCUGAACUCAAAGAUGGGACGUUCACAACUUGUUUUAAUAGUUUUUCGACUUAAAUAACGUUAAUGAGAUAGUAAGAUCGUACAUGGACUAAUACUGACACGAUUUAGCCCAUUAUGACCAUGGUGUCGGCAAGAAUGCUCCAGCUAUUUGUGCUUGCAUUUGUGGCUUCGGCUUCGUCCUCAGCAGAAACUGGAAGCCAUUUGGUGAUAACACCGCAGUCUCCAGUGCUACAGAUUGGAACUAACUUCACAGCUACAUGUGUGAUCAUUGACACAAUUGAAGCCACAUCAGAUGACCUGUACUGGAAUCUUUCCAAGACCAUUAUCCCAAGAAAUCAGUACACUAAGAUCAACGAGUCAGCACUUAGUGUCACCAUUCCAGUCGAAAAUGAGGAGCCAGAAUGGUUAUUUUGCCACUGCAAGGAAAAGUCUCCCUAUGUUUUCAUAAACAAGGGCAAAUUUAUUCAUGGGAUCCUCCUAAAAAAAGCCUACUCUCCAGAGAAACCUAAGAAUGUGACCUGUAUUGCAAUUCAGGAGGGGCAUUAUAUUUCAAAAGACUUCAAAUGCUCUUGGGAACCAGCAGAACACCAGACCAAGGAAAUGCCAACAAUAUAUACAUUACAUGUUGAAGUCAUCAUGGUCAAUCAGGCCUACAACGUGUCAACGGAAGAAAACACUGCUACCGUGACAAUGAAUAGUUUCCCAAAUCAUUUGGCCCUGGAGAUUUGGGUAGUGGCUCACAAUGAACUGGGAACUGUAGAGUCUGAACGUCUGAAACAAGAGGCUAACUGGUUUGCCAAAACAAACCCCCCAUCAGAUGUUGAAGUCUUUUCAGAAAAUACAUUUCCCACAUCCCUUCUCAUAAACUGGAAACAUCCCAUACCUAAACAAAUGAUUGCAUUAAAAUACCAAAUAAGGUAUUGCCAAAAUGGAUCUCACAGUUGGAUUAAUGUACCUGAUGUUGAUAUUGCCAAAGAGACAGAAUAUUUUAGACUCCAAAAGCUGCAACCCGACACAGUUUAUACAACUCAAGUGCGCUGUAAACGUGUCAACGAGGAAUCUGGGUAUUGGAGCAACUGGAGUGCCAACGUUACCAAGAAAACAUACGAAGAUAGACCAAGGAGUAAACCGGAUUUAUGGACGAUAAUUACUGAAGGUGAAUGCAUUAAUGAGCGUCAAGUGACGUUUAUAUGUAAGAAUCCUGUGUUUUCCAAUGGAAGGAUAACGAGCUACAAUAUAAAGAUUCAAACACAAAAGGAAAGUGUGAUGAAUAGAAAUACGUCGUGGGAAAAUAUUCCUGUCAAGGCUAACACCUUCCCUCGCCUGAAGUUCACUGUCUUAAAACAGAUGACUCUGCUGGACAAUAUGACUGCUCGAGUGUAUGUCAGUGCCAUCAAUUCUGUGGGGAAGUCUCCUCAGGCAUCACUCGGUAUCCCAGAGAAAGCACUUGAUCUCGAUCCAGUGCAGGGGCUUAGAGUGCACCCACAAGGUGACCAACUUUUACUCAAAUGGAAUCAUCCCAACAAUACCGCUGUUACACAGUAUGUCGUGGAGUGGGUUAGUGCUAAUGACAUGGACUGGCAGAGGGAAAACAAAAGUACCCAACAAACAACCAUAAAAGGCAUCCUAGAGAAGUUUCUUUGCUACAACAUAUCUGUGUAUCCCAUAUAUUCUGGAUGGACAGGAAAACCAGCAAGAGUAGAAGCUUUUCUCGAGGAACGAGCUCCUUUGGUCGGCCCCUCUGUUCGACUGAAUGGUAAACCAGGACGAAAUGAAGCAGAGCUUGUCUGGAAUGAAAUUCCUCAAAAUCAACGACAAGGCUUUAUCACAAACUACACAAUUUUCUAUUCAAGUGGAACUGAAUUCUCAACAAUCACUGUUCCUGCUAAUGUAACCUCAUGUGUGCUGACUUCACUGUCAGCUAACACCAAGUAUGAUGCCUGGAUCAGGGCAACCACCAAUGGAGGCUCAACAAAUGGUACAAACCACUCUUUUACCACCCAGAGAUACGCACCAGGGGAGAUUGAGAUGAUUGUGGUUGGAGUUAGUCUUGGCUUUCUCUUUGUGAUUCUCUUAACCAUGUUGCUGUGUGUCUACAAAAAAGAUGUGAUAAGGAAGAAUUUAUGGCCUUGGAUCCCAAACCCCAGAAAGAGCACCAUUGGAGACUGGUCCCCUGACUAUCCUUUAAAACCGGAGACACCAAAGGAAAACUCUCUGUCUGGCAUCAGUGUGCUUGAUGUGGAUGUAAGUGAUGGAAAAUCUGUGUCUGAGGAAGACAAAAUGAGCCUGGCUCUCAAGAAGGACAAAUAUCUGUCUGAGGAACACAGCAGUGGUAUUGGAGGCUCCUCUUGCAUGUCCUCACCUCGUCAGAGUGUGUCUGACAGCGACGAGGGUGCUGACAUUGCUGACACCACUGCCAGCACUGUUCAGUACUCUUCAGUGGUAGCCUCUAAUGGCUACAAAGGCCAGAUCCCGAGUGCUCAACCUCAGCAGCUCAUUUUUUCCCGUUCAGAGUCCACACAACCACUCCUGGACUCUGAGGAGAACCCAGACCUUUUAGUGCAGGAAGGCAACAAAGCUUCCCAACCGUUCUCACGACUGCCUUGCUUCACACACAGCGAAUGGAACCAAGACAAUGGCACCUUUCCUGAGUCAAACCACCUGGAGGAGGAGCCACACCGAGUGCUGUUGCCGCUGGACACGUGUACCUCGGGAAAAGACAAUCAGCAGAAAACACUUACAGGUGGCCAAUCUCUCUCCAGCUAUAUGCCACAGCUUGGUGGCUAUAGGCCACAGUAAGAACACGUGCAGGAGAUUUACAAUAGAUCUGCCGGUGUUAAUGUUGCAUGGUCAUUUCAAGUUUUUGGUGAUCGCAAAAGACUAGUUCUGUUCUGUGUUCGCUCUCAACUAACCAGAACUAAUCUUUUCAAGAAUAAUAGUGAUGUAUCGAGUAUAUUCCAGUUGACAACACUUUGAUUAUACUGUUGAAUUCAGAACAGCAAUAUGUCGGAAUGAUCACUGGAAGCCAUGCGCAAAUGCCUAUACAAAUCCCUCAAUAUCAAAGUUUGUCUGGUAGUAAAGAUGUAUGCAUGGUUGCCCUGUUGCUAUGUGUAUUUUAUACAGUGGAACCUCAAUUCAAUGGACUAAGUAGUGGAAGGGGUUGUCUGUUAGAGCCAAUUGUUCAUUACACCUAAGUAAUUUUUUUUCUCGUGCUAAAAACCACACAAUGCAGUACAAAAAAUUGUUUUACUGUUUUUGUAGCUUAAAAAAUCCCAGUAAAACAUUAUAGUAAAUACUAUAAAUAUAUAUAUAUAUAUAUAUAUAAAAAACUUCAAACUGUUUAAAAAGUAUUCAAGUUGAUCCAAACUUUCCUUAUUGAUGCUUGGGGAAGGAUAUUGGUGGGUGGUCACAGUCGAGAGCCACAAUGUUACUUUAUCACCUCCCUUACAAUUGCAUUUAAUUAAAUGCCAUUGAUAAGGUCGUUACAAAUAAAAUCAAUGUAUUAUACCCCGUCCCCCCAAAAAGCAUGUUCAAUAGACAUUUGCACGACGAGCACAAAAAAAUCAUUGAGCAUGUACAUAUUACACGUUCCUUAUGAGUUGUGUGCUUUCAGUGAUGCAAAUCUAAUCUCCAUGCUCUGUGUUUCCAUUGAAGAAAGUAUGGCACGGUUAAGAACUCAACAUGAACGCUUAAUUUGCACAAAACAUGUUAGGACAAGUAAUUUAAAAUCGCUUUUAAAUAAAAGUACCGGAAUUAGUGAUACCGACGCCAGUAUUUACUUGGUAUUGAUCGAUACCAAAAUCUCAGGUAUCGCGCAGCUUUUGCUUUUGUUGAGAAAAUUGUCAUGGCCAACAUGGCCGCCACAUGCUACAAGUCUUUUUAUCUCUGACAACCCAGCUCUCGUGGGAAACGUGUGACGAGUUUGUCUGUUGACCCCUACAUCAGCGCUGUUUACCAUAUUUUCCAGACUAUAAACCGCUACUUUCUGCGCAAUGCAGCUUACCUAUGGUUUUUCAUGAUUUUUAUGAUGUUGUAUAAUUUGUGCAUAUUCGCUUAUAUAUGGAAAUUAAACAUUAAAACACCCGCAGCUUACAGUCCAGUGGGGCCUAUAUAUGAACAAAGCAGGAUUUUCCCCAAAUUUUAGCUGGUGCGCCUUAUAUUCAAGUGCGACCUAUAGUCCAGAAAUUAGGGUACUUGCGCUGUGGUCAUUAACAGACUGUGAAAAAUACUUAACAAAGUUGCAUUUUGAGUUGACUGGACUAGAUUUUAUGUCCAGUUAAAUUGAGGUUCCAUUGACUAGGCUUAGCCCUUUUGAGAUGACACAUGGUCUAACUGGGGACUUUCCACCCAUACCUGGAGCACUGCAUCGGCACAUUAGAUAUCCUUCAUUAACCCUUUAAAGUUCCCACCAAGAAAGAAGCAGUAGAAAAAAAAAAUGUUUUGCAUGUUUUACUUCCUUUAGGCACUAAUAAUAACAAUCAAUGCUGUUUUCAACAUACCCACCAUUUUUUUUUAAUAUAAGCCUCUAUCAAAUGGUAGAGGUGCCUCUUUAUGGUAAAGGUAAAUAUGUAAUACAUUGUUUAGAUGUAUUUGCAUUUAACUGAAAAAAAGUGUAUUUUAUCUUACGCUUAUCUCUUAACUAGUUUUGGUUUAUUGUUUAGCACAUAUUAUUAUAUCAAUAACUGUGCAAGGAGGGAGACGAAGCCUAGGGCUUGUAAAGAGCCAAUUCCAACCCUUAAUGCUGAGUGCCAACCAGGGAGGCAAUGGGUCCCAUUUUUACAGUCUUUGGUAUGACCCGGCCGGGGUUUGAACCCACAACCUUCCAGUUUCAGGGCGGACACUAACCACUAGGUCACUGAGCUAUGAACAACUAUGAACUUGAAAUAGAAUAAAAGUUGAAUAUGUAAACAAACAAAAAAUCACCCUUGCAAUAGCAAGUCUAAAAUACAAAUAGAAAUAAAAAGUAGGACGGUCUUUCUUUCUUUGAAAAUGAAUAACUGAACAAUUGACAGAACAUGAGAAAUUUUCCCCUAUAGGCUAAAGACGAGGUUUGAAGAUAAAGAGGAGCCACGAUAUUCCGACUCUCACUCCAGAAGGCCACAUUACAUGUUCUGUGGUAACAAAAAUAGCCGAUCAACAGCUCAAAAAGUAUUUGAAUUUCCCCACAUGUCCCACACAUGCAAUACUUCUGUCCCUAAUCCCAGCCCUCCCCAAAAACUUUGGAUUGAUUAUUCAUUUGCGGUGGUAUGCCACAAAGCUUUGUUGCUUGUCGUUGAGGCACAGAGAAACAUUGCAUUUCUCGCAUUUCCACCAGGAGACCCCCUUUGGGCAGAGAUGGCACCUGUUCCGCAUGUCACUGUGGAGUGGCCAGUGUCCCAGGUUGUCAUUCCGCACGUCUGGCUGUGCGGUGGUCGGCCAGCUCUGGAUGCUGGCUUGUUGACUUGUUUCAGGGUGUGGCCUACUGCCAGGCGGAAUCAUUUCAGGCAGAAUGGUUUGCUCUUCAGUAGGCCACAUUCCCUCUUGUAUACUAGCCAAGCAUUUGCAAUGCAUAGGUCAAUGGCGUAGCCAAAGAAAGGGAAGUACCAGCGCCUAGAUUUUGCUGGCGUCUUGUAGAGAUGCACCAGCAUGUUGGAUAGAUCGAUGCCUCCCAUAUGUGCAUCGUAAGCCAGGAUCAAUGAUGGGCAUGGUACGUCGACUUUGGCCUUGGCCUCUUUGCUCCACCGCUUGACGGUUGCUCAAUGCCAGAGGCAUUGCUGAGAAGGUUGACACAUUUGUAAUCAUACCAUUUCACUGCUAUCACCCCCUCCGUAGACCUGUAAUCAAAAGCACCACGUCCUUUCUGCAUCAAGUCUUUAUCUGACAUCAAUGGUGCUCCACCACUGCGGUUUGAUCUGAUCGUGCCGAUGCACUUUAUUCCCAGCGUCGUUUGCAGGUUCUGCAGCAAGGCGAAGCUGGUGAAAUAGUCACAGAAAAUGACUGAAAGUUGUGGCGGUGUGAUCAUCUUGCACAACGUUGUCACCACUUUGGCCCCUAGAUUCAGUGCCUGCUCCUGCUCACUUUGGUCAACAUUGAAGAAGGUGGAUGCCCCUUGAUAAAGCAGUAGAUCAUGGAUUAUCCCACAUGAACUGGCACGACAGAACAAUUUAAAGCCCCAUUUGUCUGGCUUGUUGGCAAUAUACUGUCGAGGAGUGCCAGCCCGUGUUCCCUUGUAUGACACCAUAACUGCAUCGACACUGUGUUUGUGAGUGGAUGGGAUCAGGAGACACUGCUGUCGUAGCGUUUCAAACAGUGGACGGACUUUACAGAACCAUUCUGUAUUGUCAUGGGUCUGAUGAGCAUUGUCACUGAAAUGGACGUAGCGGCGUAAUAACUUGAACCGUUUCAAUGGCAUGAUGUCAGCUAUCAAGCUGCAACGUGAGUCGUGGUGCCAGUAGUCAUCUAUGGCUGGGAAGUUGAAAACACCCAUAUACAACAGAAUCGCCAGGCUCUUUUCAAUUUCUUCAGCACUUGUUUUGAUCGGAUCCCCAACUCCUGGGCAGAAUACAGCAUUGUAUGGUGAGCAAUGUGUUCGAUCAUCUGGUCAGUGAACAGUGCUUUGAAGUACUGGAAGGGUGUCCUCACAUCAUCAAUUGAUUUCGACAGGAUUUAGAUCAUACUUAUAUGACUAUUUCAGCAUAUUAUAAUAAAAAAAACAUUCAAUAUAUCCUAAUAACGACAAUGAACUCACAGAAGUUGUAUUUAUUCAUAGCAAAUAUAUGUUUUUAUUAUUAUUUCAGCUUAGCUUGCACUAAUUUUACCAUAAAUCGACAAACAACCCAUUUGAUAGAGCAUGCUUUUAGAAGGGAAUGCAAUCAUUCUUGUAGAACUAUUUCAGGAUAUUAUAAUGAUAAAACAUUCAACAUAUCAUAGUGACAACAAUACAUGAACAUAAGUUGUAUUUAUUCAUAGAAAAUAGCAUUUCUUAGAUUACUUUUGUUUAGCUUGCACUACUUGUACCAUAAAGUGACAAACAAACCAUUUGGUAGAGCAGGUUUUUAGAAAAUUAUUUGACCAAAAUUUCCAUGUAUCAAAAGGAACCCACUACACUAGCAUGUGGUUUUGACAAAGGGUUUGAGGAUCUCUCUGGCUACCACAAGGAGGUGCCACCCCAGGCAAUUUAUCCAUUUUUAGCAGAAACCUGCUGGAAGUCAAUUUGUAGAACCCAAGCAAUGCUCUCUCAUUUCAUCAUUUUCAUUUCCUCCUUGUUUCCUGAUAUUGCUUUCAUGCACAUGCUGGAGGCACAACAAACCAUCCGGCCACGGCAGGUAUGACUGCACCAUCCUGGAGUAACUUAUUUGUGCUGCAGAUACCAUGCUACCUACCUAUGAUGCUGACUGUGUAAAAAUAGAAAACUAGCCAUUAAUCUUCAAGUAAGGAUGUGGAGAGGGAAGCAGGUGAAAUUGAGUUACAACUGUUAUUGCUUCCAAACGGGGAAGGAUAAUAUCCCUAAAGGGUGACUGAAUGUUUUUUACACUCAGGUGACUGUAUAUUCCCUUUGUUUUUUUGAGUAGUACUUGUGUGUAAUACUCUCGCUUUGUACAAAGCUAAAGACUUCCUUUUGAUGUCAAAUAACAUUUCCAUGACUUUGUAUUUGUCUCUGAGUGCUUCACUUGCUUGACUUCGUGCUUUCUGCGUGUAAGUGUGAAUGGUUGUCUGGCUUUAUAUGUGCCAUGCAGUGAACUGUUGACCACUCCAGGGUGUAGGUUCUAUCAACUUUGUAAGCAGAAAUACACUAAAAUAGUUAAUUCCACAUACUGCAUUGCAUUUCAAAAUAUCUCUUGAGCAUGGCUGAGGCGUGUGCCAUUUUGGAAUGUGGCAGGAAUUGAAACUAAGCAUCUUUGAGAUUAGUCUGUUUGAUUCAUGUCUUGCUGUUUUUGUAACAUUGGUCACUGUCUUUAUCUACAUAGAUAACUAUAUGCAUAUCAACUCAUAUUCACUGUUCAUUAAAAAAUAUUUUGAAGUGACUUUCACAAUGAAAAUAAAGAUAUAUCACACUA